AUAGUGGACACUGGUCUCUCUAUAUAAGUCGUGCCAUUUCUGCUCAACUUUUCUACUCAGAGACCACCCUUCUCUCACUCCACCUACUUAGGCAAAUCAAAAUACUAGUACUAUCAAACAUGGAUUCUUACGAUAACUCCUCCUGGCUCACUGAAAUGCAGGGUCUGGACAGCUCUAUGGUGAUGGAGCAGUGCGAAUUCAUGGAUUCCUUCGACGAAGACAUGGCCGCCAUGCUCGGACACGACUUCGACUUCGACUUCGACAAUAAUAACAAUAAUAAUAACAACAACUCAUCCUCCUCCUCCACUCUCGUCAACAUCCCCAGCACCAAUUCAAUCUCCUCUCUCUGCAAUUCCCCGCCUCCGCCGCCGCCGAAGCUCCACAAGCCCAACAAUUACUCCAACUUCCCGCCAAUUCCAAUUCCCAAUCCCAAUUCAACGCCGCUCAUACUCAACUUCGCCGGCGCGGCGGAGAAUCAGGUCUCCGGCGAGGAACCAGCGGUCACUGAACCACCGGAAGAUCAGCUGAAGCGGGCGCCGCCGGCGAAGAAACCCAGCCGUGUGAGGCCUCCGUCGCAGACUUACGACCAUAUUAUCGCCGAGAGGAAGCGGAGGGAGCAGCUCAGCCAGAGAUUCGUCGCGCUUUCCACCAUAGUUCCCGGCCUCAAGAAGAUGGACAAGACUUCGGUUUUGGGGGACGCCAUAAAGUACCUGAAGCAUCUCCAGGAGAGGGUGAAGACGCUGGAGGAGCAGGCGACGAAGCAGACGAUGGAGUCGGUGGUGCUGGUGAAGAAGUCGCAGGUGACGGCGGAGGACGACGGCGAGGGGUCGUCCUCCGACGAGAAGAGCAGCUGCUCCGACGAGCUGCCGCUGCCGGAAAUCGAAGCGAGGGUGUGCAAGAACCACAUACUCCUCCGGGUGCACUGCGAGAAGCAGAGGGGUAUUUUGGUAAAUUUACUCACCAAGGUGGAGUCCCUCAACCUCGCCGUCGUCAACACUAACGUCACCCCCUUCGGGACCUUUGCCCUCGACAUUACCAUUGUCGCCGAGAUGGAGAAAGAAUUCAAUUUGACAGUGAAAGAAGUGGUGAAAAGGCUGCGUGGGGCAUUUUAGCUUUUGAAGAAUGCAGAUGGAUGAUCGAAAUGCAUGCAGCCAAGAAAACAGCGUCGUCGUCAUUGCAAACAUGAUGAUUGUGAUGGGUCUGUCUGUCACUUCUCUCUCUCUCUCUCCCUUUCACUCUCUCUCUCUCUCUCCCUUUCACUCUCUCUCUCUCUAUAUAUAUACAUGUAUAUGUGUAGUGGGUGAGUCAUAAAUGUAAUAUAUAUGUAUAUGCAUACCAAUAUACACGAUGUUGUGGGAGUGCUUUCUGUCAAUUAUUUCUUCUCAUCAUGUAACUCUGGUUAAUUAUACUGCCAACCAAUUACUGUAAAUUUUUAGGGUUUCGUUUUCUUCAAAGAUUAUUACAUAAGAUUACUAAUGAAAAACAUCACUCCUUU